AUGGAAGCCCUGGAUGAGCACUUUCACUUCAUGGCGGGGAAAUUCAAUUGGAUGGAAAUCAAGACGGCGGCUCAAGCGAGCAAAGAACGCUUCGAUAAGGGCGAGCCGCUGUCAAAGUUGGAUGGCAUCCCUUUCAUCGUGAAGGAUGAAAUGAGUGUCAAAGGCUUACUGGAACUCGUGGGGACGAAUCCUAGAGAUCCCAAGAACCCUCGCCUCAACAAAUACGCCACCAAAAACGACCCUGUUGUUCAAGCUCUACUCGACGCUGGUGCCAUACUCUUCGGUACGAGCGUCAUGCAUGAAUAUGGAAUCAGCCCUGUCGGAUACAAUGUCUGGCAUCACGGACCUCUGAAUGCCUUCGACCGUAGUCGUUACACUGGAGGGAGUUCCAGCGGCAGUGCCACCGGGGUGGCUCUUGGGAUCUUCCCGUUCGCCAUCGGAUUCGACGGAGGCGGAUCAGUACGUAUACCGGCUUCGUGGUCUGGUGUUGUCGGAGCUAUUCCCACGUUCGGCACAGUCAGAUAUGAAAACGCUGAGACCGAAAUAUUCACGACGCUCCACUGUGGCCCUAUAACCACCAGUGUUGCUGACGCGGCUAUUGUAUUGAGCGUCAUGGCCAAUACUAAGCACGAUGGUGAGCUCAAAAAACUUACAGGGAAUCGGACAGACAUUGUCCUUCCAGGAGAGCACUCCUUCGAUAGAAUAUACCAUGAAAAAUUCGGUUCCCCGAUGCCGAAGAUUGACUUCUGUCCACUGUAUACAGAAGACCCCGCCUUCACAGUUGGAUACGACACCGCCUGGGUAGAAGAUAGCGAUCCAGAAAUCAAAGCGAUGUUCUAUGAAGUUCGUGAUUGGAUUAAUCAGCAGGAGGGUUGGGCAAUCCAGGACGACUUCGUCAUGACUCAUUGGAAACACCAAACCUUGGCUCAUACUCUGACCAUCGCCUCCGAAUUCCAUCAAGCCCAUAAAGAUGACAAACUGAGUAUUCUCGAGCCGAAUACCAAGGUGCCCGGUCAGACUCCGUUUUGUACUCCAGCCGUAUUCCCACAGAUUUCCCUCGCUCUAGGAAGCAACAUCGAUGAUUCGAUUACUGAUGCGGCUGAACGCAUGAAAAGAUGGGCUUCUGAGCAAUGGAUGGAGCAAUUCGAGAAGAUGGAUGUCGUGAUGACACCGGCCAUGGCACUCCCAGCACAACCUAUCAAGGCAGGGGUUGAUGCUCAUGGACUUUUCGAUGCUACUCUGAUAUCGAAGAUGCUCAAAUAUAUAUGGCCUUCGAAUCUUAUGGGUUUCCCCUCCCUCACUGUGACAAUCAAAAACAACAAGGAUGAGCUCCCCAUCGGCAUACAGGUGAUUUGCCGUCCAUUUGAAGAGGGCAAGUGCUUCGCGAUCGCCAAGAAAAUCGAGGAGCAUUUUACCAGCCAGAGAAAGCACCCAGAACAGUGGGGUGCGGAUGAAGGAAAGAGGCCAAGAUGGGGUUGGGUGGACAUCUUCGAUGGUAUCGAGGGGAAAUAA